AAUUUAGUAACAAAACAUAGUAAUUUCUCUUGAGUAACUAGUGCUAAAUUUGGUAACACUUAAAUGCUUAUGUAACGCGGGAAAUUUAAUUUGAGCUUCUAAUUACAUUGUAUUACUGGAAUAAUUGCGAUGUGCCGCCAAAUAACAAAAUAAAAUUUCUUUUAGAUUAAUAGCAAUUUUGCUUUCCUAUUAAUGCUUAUUUUAACCUCAUGUUUCGAACAAUCCAAUCGUAAUGUUCGUCAAGAAGACACAUUAGUAAUGUCAAGUUUGAAAAAUCUGAUUGUCUCUACUAAUGAAAAAGAAGGUAUUUUCCGCGCAAAUUUCCUCGCGCAGCCUCGGUACCGAUCGCAAUAAUUGCGAGCAUUAUGUACACUUACGUCGUCAAGACAACGCAUCGCGUGCCUCGCUUGAGCAAGCGCACGUACGUGUACUUGUUCGAUACAUGUAUCGCUGACAAUAAUCGUCCAAGGAAAAUUGCGUUUGCAAAAAUGUCUUUACAUUCGACACCCAUCCUAUAUUUGAAUAUGGGUGGCGAAAUGUUGUACGUUUUGCGACAGAGGCUAAAAGCGCAAAAAAUCGACGUCGACAAGACGAUACAAGUAUUGGACGACGUAACAGCCACUUUGCUCAAUCCUAAGAUACUGUCGCCGAUUUUCCAAGAAUCACCGAUGAUCGAGGUAGCACAGUUGCGCUCCACUUUAGAGAGCGUCGUUCUUUCAUCCAUCAUGAAGCUGGACAGGAGCAGCAUGGACAAACUGUUCGACCUGAUGAUCAUGAUGGUCAAGUAUCAAUUGCAGGCAGCUACUGGACCGAGAGAGGUCAUUCUCAUCACUCUAAAUCACAUGGACGCGAUGCGCGACAUGGUCAGCGAUGUAAAUGUACAAAAGAGCGUCAGUAUGGUGCAUCAGAUGAUCAUUAACUUUUAUGGCUGUCUGACUUUCGACGAGGUCUGGAAAGUACGGCAGAGUUGCCUCAAGGAAUUAGAGCCAUACAACGUGCGAGUCUCGAUCCUCCUGCGGCGCGGUUUGCAAAACGAUGACGCCAGCUUCAACGUAGUACCUCAGAAAUACGAUGAGAAAUAUGCAGAGCAGAGAAAUACUCUAGCCACCAUGAGAAUUAAAGACGUCAGCCCUGAAACAUGCUACGGAGGAUCCUUCGAUAGCUUUGGUGACAGAAAAACAUUGUUGGGCAAAAAUAUAUAUUUGCCAACAUACGGCCUAACGGAAAGUGCUAGGCGAGACAGUCAACAGUUACUAAGAGACUGCGGUGCGAAAGCAGAAUUAGGGAUGCUGGCUGUUCAACUGGGGACCGAGGAAACUAAUUACGAAAGACCGUUCACGCUUAACUUACUGUCAAACAUGGACGAGGAGAAUGUAAAUAAUACUAAUAAGGAAAUUGAUGCCGAGGGAAUUGACGCUAAACGAAGUAACGCGGGAAACGGAAAGCCGAAAUUAAACGAGGACUAUAAAGCCAAACUUGAUACUGUGUACGCCGAUUUUUUCGAGGACGAGCACGAAGGUUUGAAACGUAGUAUGGAUUUGCUCGAUCUUCUCGACGAAAUUGAAUAAUUUCAUAUUACAACCGAUGAAACAUACAAUACAUUGCAAUUAUUUUUCCUAUAUUUUCUUGCAUAUUUAUACACCGAUAUUUCUACUAGAAAUAAACUUGUCUCCAUGUGAAAAA